GAGGCCCAGCACCAACAUAACACAUGUGAGAAACUGAGCGUGAGCGCCAGAGUCACUUUCAGUUUUGCUCUCGGUACGGCAGGGCAGCGGAAGUGACGUCACGUGCCGAUGUUGUGUGAGGAGAACCCGCUGCGGCUGACUGGAUAACGCUUCCUCUCCGUGCAGCCGCCCCAGGUGCUCCACAGUCAUUGACCAGGAGCUGGUACUGACAUGGCGGCAACGGAAUAUGUGAGGAUGGGCUCGCAGAAUGGAGACAGCAGCCGAAGAUUCUUCACCGUCAUCGUGUAUGACCGCCGCCUGCAGCAGUCAGCGUGUGAGAAGAAUCUGCAAGUUCGCGGAGGUUUCGAGGUGUUUCGUCAGGACGUCUGUCAGGCUUUUGGCAUAAACGAAAGUGAAGAAUUUGUGAUUUCAACAACAAAUCGGAAGAAAGUGACAACUGAGAACUUUGAUGAAAUUAUUACAGAUGGUAUCACCAUUUACCUUCUUAGUUCAAUUGACCAACUACUACUUUAUGCAACAGAAGAAAGAAUUACAUUUUUACCUCAUUAUGAUACCUUGGUGAAAAGUGGAAUGUAUGAAUAUUAUGCUAGUGAAGGGCAAAAUCCAUUACCUUUUGCCCUUUCAGAGUUAUUAGAUAAUUCACUUUCAGCAACUGCACAAAAUUCUGGCAAUCGCAAUAUACAGAUUAGGCUGCUUUUUGAUGAAACACAAGGAAAACUGGCUGUCGCAGUAAUAGAUAAUGGAAAAGGAAUGAAUUCAGUACAGCUUAAAAACUGGGCAGUAUAUCGAUUGUCAAAGUUUACAAGAAGAACUGAAGGCUACAGUAAUGAUACAAGCUAUGUCCGCCCUCCACCUGUUGCACGCAGUCUGAACAGUGAUAUCUCUUAUUUUGGUGUUGGGGGAAAGCAAGCCGUUUUCUUUAUUGGUCACUCAACCCGUAUUAUUACCAAGACUUCAGACUCUCAAGAUGUUCAUGAAUUUUUGCUUUCGAAAGAAGAUUUUGAGAAGAGAGAGCACAAUAACGAAUUUAUUUACAGUGGCUCCAUUAGAAAUCGAAAGCCAGCUGAUUUUUCUCAUGUCACAGAAGAUGAGCGAUUCCUUCGUAAUCUGAUCAUGGAGGAAAAAAAUAAAGAUAGCUUUACAGCAGUCAUCGUAACAGGUGUUCAACCUGUGCACAUACAGUACUUAAAGCAUUUUCGUCAUCUAUGGGCCAAACAAUUAGCGCACAUCUACCAUUAUUAUGUGCAUGGACCACAUGGAAAUGUGUUUGGCAAACCAAAAGAUUUACCUACCAGCAGUAUUGACAUUGAGAUCUGCAUGUUUGAAAAAGGAAAGCCACCUAAAACUGUGAACCUUAGAGAGAUCACUGAUGACAUGCAGACUUUGUAUAUCAAGACUGCUUCAGACAGCUUUGAAUUCAAAGCCCUCGUUGAAGGAGAGGGUGUAGUAGAAGGAAUCAUACGCUACCAUCCUUUCUUGUUUGACCGGGAAACCUACCCAGAUGACACAUACUUCUCUCCACGAAGCAAUGAGGACACUGAGCUUGAUGAUGAUUGCAUCAUAGUGGAGAAAGAAGCUCGUGGAAAAAGACCAAUCUUUGAAUGUUUCUGGAACGGAAGGCUGAUUCCUUAUACCACAAUUCAGGAUUUUGACUGGUGUGCUGCACCUAAAAAGAGAGGAAUUGUCCCUACUGAGUGUUAUAACAGAAUCUCCGGUGUUUUAUUUACAAAUGACAAGUUUGAAGUCAGCACGAAUAAAUUGACUUUCUUAGAUUUGAGCUUAAAACUACAAGACAAAAAUACAAUAUUUACACGCAUAUCAAAUGGCCAGGAGCAGAGAGUAAAGAUUGACAGAGAAUUUGCAUCGUGGAUAAAGGAUUGCCAUGAGAAAUAUGAUAAACAAAUAAAGUUUUGUGGUUUUAAAGAAAUUAUAACUCGUAACGAUAUUUCUGCAAAACGUAUGCAAGCUCCUUGGGCAACGUACACAUCUAUAGAGUGGGAUGGAAAGAGAUACAAAGCUGGCCAGCUAGUGAAAACAUUUAAAACUGUGCCUAUAGUCUAUGGAAGCAUAGUCAAGUUUCUUCUCUAUGGAAAUCAUGAUGGAGAUGUUUAUGCUACAGGAGGAGAGGUUCUAAUUGCUUUGGAACCAAAGGCAUUGCAUGAUGAAAAAAAAUAUGUACCAAUUUCCAAACUUGAUCGUACUGUAGCACUGACUACUAUCAAGAAGUAUAUAGAGGAUGAAAUGGCAAGGUUCCCUGACUCCUUGGCUGUCACAUGGCCUGAAGGAGAUGCUUUGGAGGAAAAUGAUGUGAAGUUAGCAGGAACCACUAUAGGAGCAUUAAGAGUUGAAAUUCUAAACAAGAAGAGAGAAGCUGUGCAAAAGCUGCCAGGUACAAGUCAUGGAAAUGCAAAGAAACUUUUGGUAGAGUUGAAGGUGCUAUUGCAUUCACCAAGUGGAGAAAACGAAAUAAUUUCCCAUAUAAGUCAGCAUGGUGGCAAAUGGCCAUACUGGUUUAAGAAAAUGGAGAAUAUCACAAAACUUGGAGAGUAUACCCUAAAACUUCAAGUCGUUUUAAAUGAAAGUAAUGCUGACAGUUAUGGAGGAAAAUUGCUGCCAUGUAAAAGGAUCAUGUUUAAAGUUGUGGAGGGUAAACCUUUUAAGUUUUCUGUGGAUGCUAUGGAUACUACAAUUCGAAUUGGAAUUCCAUUUAACAUCCCUUUAAACAUGCAAGAUGAAUAUGGUCAUUCCACAUUGCCAGCAACUGACCUCAAUCCAAUUCUGGAAGCUAGUGAACUUUCACUUGACUAUGAAGAGCUAAGCAAAAUGCCAAGAUUGAUUAUUAAGGGAGUGACUGCUAGAGGACAAGUGAACUGCCAGGGAAAGAAUUUCACUCUGAAAGUGACUCUGCCUGGUUUAAAGGAAGGCAGUCAGACAGUGAAUUUAAAGUUGUUUCCAGGACCACCAAAAUAUCUUAAAGUGACACCAAGUACUGAUACUCUAAUUAUUGACAAUGGAUCUUCUUUUCCCUUUGGGAUUGAAAUAUUAGAUGAGGCAGGAAAUGUUACAUCUCAGCCUAAGCUAAAUGUCCAUUGUAAGUUUACAGGGGCUUCAAACCUUCCUGUCUAUAGCCUGGAUUGCAGCAAUACAGGAACUGGUAUUUUGACAGGACGCCCUAUUCGAGUUCAAAACCUAAAGAAAAUGCAAAUUUUGAAAGCCAAAAUAGAAAUUCCUAGUUGCAAGGAAAUAAAAGCAGUGGAAAAAUCAAUUAAACUUCAACCAAGCACCACUAUUGCAAAACUUCAGAUACUUAGUGUUGAUGGUGAAAAAGCCAUUCAAAUUAAACAUAAUGAUGAGAUUAAGUGGAUUGCAGGAGACACCAUGCAAAAUCUUAUUUUUCAAAUGUAUGAUGAGGGGGAUAGAGAAGUCCUCAUCACACCAGCACUUGCAGAAAAGAUCAAGGUCAAUUGGACACCCAGUGUCAACAAGGAGAAAUUGGUAAAAGGGCUUUUACCUGAUGUCGAUGUGGCAAAUUCAGUUACUGACAUUCGAUACUGCCAAGUAACUUUUCAUGAUGAAAAUGUUUCAUUGGAGAGUGCAUUCACAGUCAGACCACUUCCUGAUGAGCCAACUCGUUUGAAAUGCACAUUGAAAGGGACUGAUGUAAUCCGAAUGGGUGAAGAGCUAAGAGGUGAAAUUGAAUUAACAUUGAUAGACCGAUUUGGAAAUCAGAUACAAACAUUGUCCUCCUCAUGCCUUGAUUGCCUGGGUAUUUCUGGAUUUAAUCUUGACAAAAGUAAAAUGAAAGUAUCUUUCCAGGAAGACACUCAGUCUAUGAUUGUCAAUGGGAUAACCUUUUUUGUAGGACCUAUAGAAAAUAAAGAGCUAUGCUUUGCUUGGAGACAUUUUUCCAACUAUUUGAAACUGAGACUUGUUGCUGGGCCUCCAGCUAACCUUGAAAUUAUAGAUUGGCCUGAGUCUGUUACAGUGGUUUGUGGAAAAAAAAUCUCAAUUCCUCUAAUUAUCCAACUUAAGGACGAAUGGGGAAAUCCAGCUCCAGAACCAAAUGUGAAAGUUGCAAUAUCAAAAGAUAACCUUCUUAAGAUAACUCCUCAUCCUCAACAAACAAAAACAGAUGAAGAAGGUAGAGUGAAUAUGGGGAUGUUUACUUUUUCAGCACCAAAGGGGAUUUAUUCCUUGCAAUGUAAGGCUGUAUAUAACAAGAACAACCUGGAAAGCCGUCUAGUAAACUUAACUGUUAUAGCGGAUCCUGAAAAGCCGGCUAUGGUUUCUGUUAAAUUUGCUGAAUGUGUGCAGUUUACAGCUGGGAAGGUUUUUUCUGAUUUUGUGGUUAGCAUUCUUUCUGAAGAUGGAGAUGUCAUUAAAAAACUCAACCCAGCUAAUUGUUCCAUGAAAAUGUGGAAAUCUCAAACUACUGGAGGGAAACCUCCAACUACUGCAGCUGUGUUCAACUGCAAUAAACCAAGAGAGGGAGAAAGAGAUGAUUGCUUUUAUUUCAGGGAUAAAAUGGUACCUGAACGCGUCGAGAAGUACUGCAUCCAGUUUAUCUAUGUGACAGAGAAGGUUACUGCAAUUUACAGUGAGCAGUUUUUAAUAGAUGUUGUUGCAAAUAAACCUGUGAAGUUGGUUCCGCUGCCACAGCCUGCCACCCCAACCGUGUCUAAUGAAAAGGACGAAGCUGGUCGUACUUUGGUCAGGAAUCUAUGGCUCAAGACUGUGGAUGAGCACAAUAAUUUGGCUGGUGUCGACUUAAAUGGCAAGGUCAUUGCUGAGAUAAUAUCUGCUACAGAGGCUGAGACGGAGAUUCCACUGUUUGAGUCUAAUAGUAAUAGCAUGGCGUUUACCUUUAAGGAUGGAUCUGCAGACAUCCCUAGUCUUAUUCUUGCUGAAAACAGCCCUGGAAAGGACAGCACAGAGUAUCAGAUUAUGUUCACUCUGUUAUCCCAAACUUUGGAACCAAUGAAUAUAGAGUCGUAUUGUCUUCCGUUUAUGUUUUACAAUGAUUUCAAAAAGAAGGAGCAGAUGGCAAAACUUACACAGGAGAAAGACCAGUUAUCUGCAUCUGUUAAGGCUUAUAGAUGCUUAUUUGAUGCAACAAAUCAGCUUAUCAAUGAAAUGAAAUGCCAAUCGGAAGAAGCCAAGGCUAAAGAAGCACUCUUGAGGAAGGAACUAAAUAAAAUGAAGCUUACAGUGUCGACAAAAUACCAAAUACAACACAUUAAUAGUUUAUUAAAACAGAAAAGGGCACAAGCAGAUGUUCUGCUGAAUCAGCCCAGGAGGAAGUGCUCUAUUACCCCUUUUCCAAAAGAAAAUGAUGAUGUCCUAGGAAAGAUUGCUCACUUAGCAUAUAUUGAAGAUGAUGAAGCAGCAGUUGUCAUCUCCUGGCACUUGGCUAGUGACAUAGACUGCGUGGUGACAUUGACCACAGAUGCUGCCCGACGCAUUUACGAUGAGACACGAGGCCACCAACAGGUCUUGCCAAUGGAUUCUGUUUAUCGGAAGAAUCUUCCAAGCUGGGGAAGGCCUUUACCACACAUACGUAAUGGAAAGAGCUGCUUUGAUGCUACUGGUAAUCCAGUAUUUGCCAGAGAUCUCCUUGAAUUCCCAGGGAACAAAGAACACUGUCAAACAGUUUUCGGGAUGCUUUUAGGCGAUACAGUUCUUCUGGAUAACCUAGAUGCAGCUAAUGCAUACAGAAAGGAGCUUGUUAAAUUGUCAUACUGCCCAACAUUACUGACCAGAGAUGGAGACAGAAUCCGCAGCAAUGGAAAGUUUGGUGGGUUGCAGAAUAAAGCUCCCUCUAUCGACAAACUUAGAGGAAUGGUGUUUGGAGCUCCUCUACCCAGAGAAUAUGACAUACUUUCUGCUGAAAUCGAUCUCUUGCAGCAGUAUUGUGCAGCAGUUACCAGAUCGAAGUCCGUAGCUGAAGACCUUAACAAGCAUACGGAGACCUUGAACUCUCCAGAUAUGAAGCAGAAGAAACAAGAGCUGGAUGAGCAAGAGAGGUCUUUAAAAGUGAUUGAGAAAAAACUGGGUAUGACUCCAAAAAGCCGAGGUAAUGGAGUGGAAGAGAAGUCAAAUGGUCUUAGAAUGGCUGACUGUCCCAUUCCUCCUAAACGUGCAAAAAAGAGAUAGCGACACAAACAGCUGAAAUAAAGGUCAGAUGCUAUUAUACUGAGAUGUCAGAUGUGACACCUUUUAUAAGAAAAUGAGAGAACCUAAUAAAGAGAAGAUUUAACCUGUGCAAAAGACAGAUAUCUUUCUGAUGUUCAUUAAAAUGUAACACUUUCUGCUUGGCAGAACUGCCAUUUUCACUGAGCCGAUAUACAGUAUAUAUGUAUUAUGUACUCUAUAGAAACAUUCUGGUAUUCAUUAAUAAUUUCUUAUUUGCUGAAAGGAAAUACUGUACGGGGUGUAUUUUGUAAUUACAAGUGCCUGUGUAACUUUGAGAAGUAAUGUUACAGGUAAAGAAUCUGUCCCUCCUUAGGGAUAGUAGCGGUCCUCUACAAACAUGCAUGCUACAAUUGUUUUAAACAUACUAGUGCCAUGCAGGUAAAUUAGGCAUGGGAUUGAUAAUCUCUUAUAAUAAGAAAAGUACACAAAUGUAAACUUUCUUUAGACUACCUUAAGACUUUACUAUAGCUGUCAUCUGAUUGCAAUAAAACGUGCAAUAUUAUGCUGGUUAGGUUUUCUGAAUAUUUUGCGCAUUCCAGGGUAUUAAAACAUUUGAAAUGUUACUUUGAGCACAUGAAUUCCUGCUGUUUUACAAAAAUGUUUUGUUACAUUAUUUUGUGGACAUUUGUUUUAAUUGAAAAUUGUUUUUUAUAGUGCUUAAUGCUGUUCAGAUAAGAAUGCUCACAUUUUGUGUAUAUUAUUGUUUCUUUGACAUAUUUGUCAGCAGUUAACUUAUCAUUAAAUGUCUUAGUUUCUUAAAAUGUUGAUACAGGUGUUGUCUACAAUUUCAAAGACAACUGUCUCUUACAGAAUUAUUUUUAUAGCUUUCAACUGAUAUUAUUGUAAAAUAAAAAAAGGUGAAUUUAA